CCCAGAUAGGAAGGUUUUCGUUCGCUGUUUGCUCAUAGGCGCAGAGACAGAAGGGUUUUGCAGAAGCUCGCAACAUGACGCAUUUGAAUUUCCUGAUAAUAAUCGUCAUCUUGGAAUCGUAUGUGGUUCAAGCACAAGGGUUGUUUUUUCACAAUCCAACCAAGCCGCCUUUUGAAGAAGGAAAGAUCACGUGUCGUCGCUACAGUAGGGAUAGGGACGUUUAUGAGACGCAAGCUAUCGACAGUCUCUCGUUUUGUGAUGGUGAGGGUGACUGCACGAACCACGAAGAUGAAGAUCCUGACAUUUGCGAUGGAGACUUGUCCAGAUUUCGACAGACCGUACCGGAGACCGGGAACACGUGGGCUCAACUCAAUUGGGACGUCGAGGGCUAUCAUUUGAAAAAUCCGAAUGGAUUCCUUCUCACGCAUAAACUAAAUCAUGCUGCCCUGACUAUCAAGCUGGAAAGCUCACAGCAGCGAAGUUAUCUCAUGGAGGAUUUACUGCCAUCUACAAGCUACACUAUCAUUCUACGGCCAUACGCACAAUGGGACAGUCAAAGUUUCAGAGUCGGGAAAGCACACGCUGUUACAGUGCAUACUCACAAAACAGGUGUGCCUGCCAACACAGCGCCUGCUGGACUUGAGGAUCUCGGGGUCCACUGCCAGGAUCCCAUUGCUCCCCAAUCGAACAUAACUGUGGCCAGCAAGUCGUUAUGCGACGAAGUACAAGACUGUUUCCAGGGUGCUGACGAAAUGAAGGAACUCUGCGGAAAUAUACAGCAAGUCCAGCUCUCCGUAGAAGCGAGGGCAGACAAGUUUGUCAUUCUGAAGUGGAGCGUGCUCGGACACGGUAGUCCAUGGGGAACAUCUACUGAAAAGCAGAGAGCCACCAUUUAUGGGCCGAGGACGUUGCCAGAUGGGUUCUUUGUGACAACGAUAUCCAACAUGGAAAUCGUUACUCCACACUUUGAAAGUCUUGCAGGUAGACGGUACAUGAUAACAAAUUUGAAUUCGUCCACGAACUACACGUUCACGUUGCGACCGCACAUCAAUUCAACUGAAAGCAGACGAGGCUACAGAAUCGGCAAGGUCGUUUCUGAGUCCGUAAUGACGAAAACGGCUGUGCUGCAUAAUCUGACCAGUUUCUCUGUGAACGGAAACCGAACGGUACUGCUCUGGAAUGCCGAACCUGACGCCCAGUUUUUUCGAGUUACCUACGGUGACGGGCAGAGCCAGAUAUUGACGAAAAUGCAAAGUUUCCCAAACGCGACCGCCAUUGAUCAGAAGAAUAAAGUGUUCAGCAUCCUUCUGCCAGCCGACACUGCGACGUCACUCUUCACUGGUGCCGCCUGUGGGAAUCAUGAGUGCAGCGACAAUGUUACGAUGAGAAUCGAUGAAGCAGGCCAAGUUCCAGGGGAUCCGGUUGUCAAAAUAACGUCGGUUGCAGCGACGAGUCCUACUUCAUUCUACGUCCGCUGGACUAUAGAAAACUACAAUUUGACGUCCAUAGACGGAUACUGGGUUAGAUAUUGCGUCAAAUCUUCGACUUCUUGUCGCUUGGUACAGUUGUCGAAAGCGUCGCUUACAGUGACAGGUCUCACACCGGGCACGACGUACAACGUCAAGGUGCAACCAAGAAUAAAGACACGUGAUGGAGCUAUUGAACUCGGUUCAGUGGGUGAAGCACAGGUGUCUACUUGGACCAUUGCUCCUGCAAGCCCCAUGUUGCACCUCUACCAUGUACUCACUCCUCCUUGCCGACUCCACGUUGAAUGGGCCUUCUACAAUAGCACGUUAGCCUACAUUCAGAUCUCACUGGAGAACGGCACCUGGUUGAACUGCACAACGUCAGCCCAUUGCAACGCCCACGUAUAUGACAGUGUGACAACAAAGGGAUCGCUCAUCCUUUGGAACCUUGAGUACUACACGACCUACAACUUGUUUGUAAGAGGCUGCAACGACAAUGGGUGUGGUUCCGACAGCACCAUUGCUUUCUCAACGCCAAUUUAUGCAUCGAGUGCACCGGUCAACAUUAGCAUCGAGCACAUCGCAAACGGAACGAUGUUGUUGAGGUGGGAGAGGCCAUUGCAUCCUCGUGGUCCCUUAGAUGGCUACGAUGUCUGCUGGAAAUGCGCGGAAGAAACGACUGUAGUGGAUGCGGUGACAGACAUAAAGUUCCUCAUCAGUGAGCCCUUGGACGGCAGGAACUGCACAGCGUCUGUUGCGGCAUACCAUAUCACCGAGGGGGGUCACGUGCUACGUGGAAUAGAAGCGCACAUUGAUAUUCCAUCGAACAACCCCAGUGAAUAUCCCGAACCCUAGUAUGUUUGGGAUAACUCAAAUACCACAAAUAAACAAACAGCUGUUAUAUCAGGAUCUGGAGGUGCGAGUGUGAAACAGCUGAUAUCGCCACCAAAGGAUGCACACCCGAAGAACGACACUGUGUUAGAGCGAGGGUGCUA